AUGCCGUCGACCAGUAACUUGAAAAAUCGUCAUAUUUCAAUUUUGUCUUAUUGGAGCAGGGAUAUACGAUCUGCUUCUCUUAUUUAUCGUGAAAUACACAUUCCAUUGAACACUUUUUAUUACAAUAUUGACAAAUUAAAACAAACAGGUUCACUGAAACAUCGAGUUGGAAACGGUCGACCACGUGUCCUUGGUGGAAAAGAAAAAAAAGCUGUAGAUCAAUACAAUCCGUAUAAUACUGAAGUAGCUCUUAACGAAAUAAAAGAAAAUUUAUCGAGAAUGCCCCAUAAAUCAGUGUCUACAUCAACUAUUAAUCGUCAUCUUCAUGAAUAUGGUUAUAAAAAUGUUCUACCUCAGUCUAUUCACAUAUUAACAUCGGAUGAAAAACGGUAA